AUGCCUCCCCCCGCCCCUCCAUCGCGGAGGAAUGACCCUUCCAAGGGCGGCGGCGCGGCCGGCGCAGCUUCCAAGGAGGAAAACGUCUACAUUCCGUCCUUCAUCUCGAAGCGACCAUUUUACGCCGGCGAGGGCGACGAGUCCUCCAACGACUAUCUGGAGCAUCAGCGUUUAACCCAGCAAAAGAAGGAUGACAUUGCUUCGUCGAAAUGGUACGAUCGCGGCAGGAAGGCUGGCCCCGCCGCCACCAAGUACCGCAAGGGCGCCUGCGAGAACUGCGGCGCCAUGACGCACAAGGCCAAAGACUGCCUCCAGCGACCCCGAGCCAAGGGCGCAAAGUAUACGGGCAAGGAUAUUCAGGCCGACGAAGUUAUUCAAGACGUACAGAUGGGCUGGGACGCCAAGCGGGACCGCUGGAACGGGUACGAUUCCAGGGAGUACAAGCACGUGGUGGAACGCUACAAUCAGAUGGAGGACUUGAGAAAUCAGAUGUCUGGCGCCAAGAAGGAGGAUGGCGAAGAAGAUGGAAAGGAUGACGGCGAAAAGUACGCCGAGGAGAUCGACAUGGGCAAGCAUCAGAGCACCGCGACUCGACAACUGAGAAUACGAGAGGAUACUGCCAAAUACUUGCUCAACCUGGAUCUUGAGUCUGCCAAAUACGAUCCCAAGACGAGAACAAUGGUGGAUGCUGGUGCAACCGCAGACAAGGCAGCACAGCUAUACGCCGAAGAGGGCUUCUUGCGAGGAUCUGGAGACGCUGCCGAGUUCGAAAAGGCCACAAAAUACGCCUGGGAGAAGCAAGAAAAAUCAGGUGACACAAGUCAGCAUCUGCAAGCGAACCCAACGGCGGGUGAAUUUUACCGCAAGAAGGAGAAGGAGGACGCCGAGAAGAAGAAGGCAGAGCGAAUCAAGGCUCUGCAAGACAAGUAUGGAGGAAACCAGCAUGCCAUGCCCGCCGCUCUGAGGGACAUUGCUGUAACGGAAUCCGAAGCCUUUGUGGAAUAUGACGAGGCCGGUCUGAUCAAGGGAGCGCCGAGGGCGAUCGCAAAAUCCAAGUAUGCCGAAGACGUAUUCGUCAACAAUCACACAUCGGUAUGGGGCAGCUGGUGGUCAAACUUCAAAUGGGGCUACGCAUGUUGUCACUCGUUCAUAAAAAACAGCUACUGCACCGGUGAAGAGGGCAAACAAGCUUGGAAAGAGGCUGAAAAGCAGAGGACCGGAGCGAAUCUGGUCGUAGAUGCUGAGGAAGAGGUUCGCGCACCGCCGGUACCAGAUACUGAGCCGGUCAGGCCGGCAAUCAAGAAACGGACAGCAGAGGAAAUGAUGGAAGAGGAACUCGAGGAAUAUAGGAGAAAACGUACUGCAGCCGAUGACCCAAUGGCCAAGUUGCUUGGCAAGGACGAGUUGGUCUCAUAG